GCACUCUUGAUCUGCGCUUGGCGCAUCCCGGGGAAGGGACCCCAAUGCUUCCAAGCCAUGCGGGGCGCUCUUUGCCUGGGCCUGGCAGCCCUGGCGACGGCCCUCGAGCCUGCGGAUGCUCUCGAUGCUCCCGAUGCUCUCGAUGGUCUCAGCGCCGAGUUCCAACAUCUUUGGGACAUGGUGGUGGUCCAGCAGCAGUCCCGCAACGUGCCCCAGGGAGAGGCUCCGACUCUACGCCGGGUUUGUCAGUUUGGCUUGAGCCCUGCAACCUUCGAACUGGCGCAGUGGAUGUUGACCUUUGCCGAGCCACCCUUGGAGGAGCUCGAGAUCAACGACCUUGGAGAUGGUAUGUCAGACAUGGCCUUGCAGCUCGCAGAGGCCUUCCCCGGCCGUGUGCGGCGCAACGGCCUGUGGAAACGCCCCGCCGGGGCGGUCGGCGAGGACGGCGCUCGCUGCGACCUGGUGCUCUUCUCCAAGGUCUCUGUCCGCUUCUCGCUAGACCGCGUCAUGCCGCGGUUGGGGACACACGUGGUGGCCGUUUGGGUCUCUGACGAGUGCAUCCACGAGACCUCCGAGGUUGCCAGCCCGGCAUGUGGGCACCUGAACUCCUUCUGGGAGAGGACCUACCUGAUGAUGAGGGGCUACUGCACCCGAAGGAUUUGCGCCUCCCGGGUGCUCACGAGCAUCCUCCAGGACCCCAAUGUGCUGCAGCUGCGCUGCGAAGAUUUCAGCACCGAGGGUGGGUCCAACGCGUCCAUCUCCGAGUUUGGCCAGGACUGGUUUGCGCUGCGGAACUUCCUCGGGCUGCAGUCUAAAGGCGUGUAUGUGGACGUCGGGGCCUCCUUGCCAUUCGACUACAGCAACACGGUGAUGUUGGACAGAUGCUUGGGCUGGCAAGGCGUUUGCAUUGAGCCCAACCCGCACCUGAGCCUCAUCCUGGAGGCAUAUCGGUCUUGCCAAGUCUUCACGAACUGUGCAGACGAGGAAGGAAGACUCCAGCGCCCGUUUGCUGACCGCGGGGGCAAGGUCGAGUUCAUGGCGGACUGCUUGCCGCUGGGGGAGAUCCUGCGGCGGGCGGGGCUGACAGGCCGCAUCGACCUGAUGAACAUAGACGUGGAGCACCAGGAGCUCGCAGUGCUGAAGGGACUUCCCUUUCAGGACUUCGACAUCCGGGUGAUUGUUAUCGAAGUAACUCGCGGAGCUCGCUGGCUGGAGGUAGACUCCAUCCUUCUGCCUGCUGGCUAUGCAAAGGUCGCGGUGCUGGGGCGCGACGUAGUGUAUGUGAAACUGGAGGAGCUGUGGGAGAAGAGGCUAGCAGGCUGGCCGAUGAACGACAAGGCAACAUUGCCAGAUGGCUGGGCUGAAUUUCAUCAGCGUGUCCUGGAUGAAGAGAUGGAAGAGGAGAUGCGGCAGGAGCGCCAGGCCUUCUAUGCGGGCCUGAGGCGGCAGCCUUGAGGCUCAGC